AUGGGGGACUAUAUACCAGAAGUGGCAGCAGAUCCAGUACCUACCCCAUCCGAGAAGCAGGUCAACAUCACUAGCAUCAAACCAUCCAGUGGAGUUCUUUACCACCAGCUGCAAAAUGAGCCCUUGAACAUUGUCGGCGGUCGAGGAAGCUACCUGAUAACCGAGGGUGGUCUGGAGAUUCUGGAUGCGACAUGUGGAGCGGCUGUAUCCUGUCUGGGUCACAGCGACGAACGUGUCCACGAAGCGAUCUUGGACCAGCUGAAGAAAAUUUCCUACUGUUAUUCCAUGUUUUUCACCAACAAUGCUGCGGAAAGUUUGGCAAAACUUCUGGUGGACUCAACUGGAGGCAAGAUGUCUCGGGCCUACAUUGUGAGCUCGGGUACCGAAGCUAUCGAAGCUGCUGUGAAAAUGGCUAUUCAGUAUUUUACAGAGUUGCCCAUUCCCGAGCCUCAGCGGGUGAACAUCAUUUCUCGAAAGUCAUCCUACCACGGAAACACCCUCGGGUCGCUUGCUGUUGGACACCAUGCCUCCCGGCGGAGGAUCUAUGAAAGUCUUCUUUCGAAGAAUAUUCACCACGUGCCCCAAUGCUAUCCCUACCGCCGGAUGAAUGCGAGUGAAAGCACCGAGGACUAUGUCGCAAGACUCGCCCAAGAACUGGAGGACGAAUUCCAAAGGCUUGGCCCCAGCACUGUCUGUGCAUUUAUAGCCGAGACACUGCCAGGUGCUACACUUGGCUGUGUCCCCCCAUUACCUGGCUACCUCAAGGCACUCAAAGCCGUCUGCGAGCGACACAGGGCGCUCUUCAUUCUAGACGAAGUCAUGUCCGGCAUGGGCCGCACGGGAACUCUCCAUGCCUGGGAGCAAGAAGACGUCGUCCCGGAUCUUCAAACAAUUGCCAAGGGACUCGGUGCCGGCUAUGCCCCGAUUGCUGGACUACUCAUCAACAAGCACGUCGUUGAUACUCUGAACAAGGGCACCGGCGCUUUUGUCCAUAGUCAGACAUACCAGGGCCACCCGGUCGCCUGUGCGGCUGCAUUCAAAGUGCAGCAGAUUAUUCAAGAGGAUAACCUGCUAACAAAUGUGCGGGAAAUGGGGGAACAUCUGGGUCAGCGUCUUCAUAAGCGUUUGGAUAGCCACCCCCAUGUUGGUGAUAUUCGAGGCAGGGGAUUGUUCUGGGCUAUAGAAUUUGUCCUAGAUAAAGAGACGAAGGAGCCAUAUCCGCCUUCAAAAGCGCUUUCUCGGACACUGCACGCGACAGGCCUCAAGCCUGAACAUGCGAUUUCGUUGAUGCCAGGAAAUGGUGGUAUCGAUGGUGUUAAUGGCGAUCAUAUCAUUCUGGCGCCGCCUUAUAGUACUACUCGUGAGGAAAUUGAUUUGAUAGUCGACCGAACUGCUCGGGUUAUCCAGGAGCUUCUGGGAUAG